AUGUUUCUCCUCUUGUCAUUUCUCUCACUAUCGACAGCUGUAGCGAUCUAUGUUUGGCGAUUUUACGAGAACACUAAACGCUAUCCGAAAGGACCGCGACCAUACCCAAUCGUCGGAAAUCUGCUUUCGGUGGAUAUUCGCAGACUACACGAAGACUACAAGGAAUAUACAAAAGUUUAUGGCAGUGUAUUCACUGUUUGGCUACCCAAACCAUACGUGGUUAUCACUGAUUAUGACCUUGUCAAGGAAGCAUUCGCGAAAAAAGGUGACGAUUUUGGUGGUCGAAGUGGCAUAUUUCCUGAUACUCUUCUUCAGAACGUUGAGAACGGCGGAGUGAUUUUUUCUCAGGUGUUUAUUGCGAAUAUCAUCAACAAAACGUUGUAUGGCUUCAGCUACGAGUAUGACAACUGCGAUCGACUAAUGAAUGUCGUUGAAGCGUUCACCAACUUGUUUGAAUCAUCAAAGUAA